AUGCAUCACCGGAACAAUCUUUCGAACAAUUUUUCAGAUAUUGGAGACCGAUCUUUCCUCAAACCGCGCCCUCUUCACCAGGAAACCUUUGGCUGGAUAGCGGACUCGAUUGGCAUCAUGCCGCUGGGCGUUGGAAGCAGGGCUCUCAAGUCCGAAGUCGAGAAUGCCCAAGCCGAAGUCCCUCACCUUGAGAAAGUCACAUGGUGGCGUGAGCCAGGUCUUCGAAGACUGUAUUUCUGGGCUUCUGUGCUGUGCGUGGCAUCGGCAACGACGGGAUAUGAUGGAAUGAUGCUCAAUACCUCACAAAAUUUGGAUUCAUGGCAAAAAUUCUUUGGGACACCCUCUGGCUCGCAGCUUGGUCUGAUGAACGCAGUGUAUCAAAUUGGUAGUUUGGCUAGUUUCCCUUUCGUUCCUCUCAUGGCGGAUCGCUGGGGUCGAAAACUACCUAUCAUCAUUGGAUGUGUCCUUAUGAUCCUCGGUGGAUUGCUUGGCGCUUUCUGCAAAGACUACGGAAUGUAUGUUGCCGGUCGUCUGUUUCUCGGAUUCGGAAACAGUUUGGCUCAAAUGGCGUCGCCCGUUCUCCUCACCGAGAUCUGCCAUCCCCAGCACCGCGGAAAGGUGACGAGUAUCUACAACACGCUUUGGAAUCUUGGUGCCUUGGUCGUUGCAUGGAUCGCCUGGGGUACAAUGUACAUUCAAGGUGACUGGUCAUGGCGAAGCUUGACCGUCCUUCAAGUCUUUCCCGCUGUCAUUCAGCUGGCUCUCAUUUGGUGGGUUCCCGAAUCGCCUCGUUGGUUGGUAUCUCAAGAACGAUAUGAUGAUGCCCUCGAUAUUCUCACCUACUAUCACGGGAACGGCAAUCAAUAUAACUCGACCGUUCAGUUCGAGUUUCGUGAGAUCAAGGAGACCAUCCGUCUUGAAAUGAUCAUUCAAAAGAACAGCAGUUAUCUGGAUUUCAUGAAGACCCGCGGGAAUCGCUAUCGAUUGGCCAUUCUUGUCUCUCUCGGGAUCAUCUCACAAUACAGCGGCAAUGCCCUGUUUACUAAUUACACGAGUCUGAUCUACAACAGCAUGGGCAUCACCGAUCAAAGCAAGAAGAUUCCACUGAAUGGCGGUCAAACACUCCUGAGUCUCAUCGUCAGUAUCAGCAGUGCAUUCUUUGUCGAUCGAAUCGGAAGACGCCCUCUGUUCCUCGUCUCCACGACAGGUAUGGUACUCAUGUUCUUGGCCUGGACGAUAACAUCCUCCAUCUAUGAAAAAACUCAGGACGUGCAAUCUUCUGGUUACCCUCAAGUUGUCUUUGUGUGGCUGUUCUCCAUUUUCUACGCCAUUGCCUGGUCGGGCUUGCUGGUCGCCUACUCCCUUGAAAUCUUGCCAUAUCGCCUGCGCGCGAAAGGUAUUAUGAUCAUGAACUUGACGGUGCAAGCUUCAUUGGUCCUCGGCAAUUACACCAAUCCCAUUGCUUGGGAAAAUCUGCCACAUCACUGGAAUCUUUCCCUGAUUUACACAGUGUGGAUCUUCAUUGAACUCUUGUUUGUCUACUUCUUCUACGUUGAGACACGUGGGCCUACCCUGGAGGAGCUGGCUAAAAUUUUUGAUGGCGACGACGCAGCCGUGGCCCACAUUGAUUUGGACGAGGUUGAAAAGGACAUGGAUGAAGAUGCCAGAAGGCUGGUGUUCCGGCGAGCCUAUUGA